AUAUUUACAAAGAAGAAAAACGUCGUCGUAAAGAACUUGAAAGACAGAUUGAAGAGAUCAAUGAAGCGUCUUUUCAAAACAUCAGCAGAUUACAAGAAGUUCCAGUAGACAAUACUGGCCUUAAUAAUCAAGAAGCUCUUGUUAAUAAUAUUGAGAACCUUGAUGAGGUUCAAGUUAAUUAUACUGAGAGUCUUGUUAAUUCAGAUGAAGAUGAAUUAAAUUAUUUUAAACUUCCUUCUGAAGACGAAUACGAUUUCUUAAAUUGUUCUGAUGAAUUUGAUUAA